AUGGCAACUACCAUUGGUUUUAUCAUUUGGGUGUUAUUCAUAACAGAUACUGUGUGGACUCAAAGUGUGAGACAGGCCUAUGAAGGAAAUGAGUCAGAAGAUUGGAGCGCGGAUGACUUUGAUUGUCCCAUGGAGUGCUUCUGUCCCCCCAAUUUUCCCACUGCUCUGUACUGCGAAAAUCGAGGUCUCAAAGAAAUCCCUGCUAUUCCUUCAAGGAUCUGGUAUCUUUAUCUUGAAAACAACCUGAUAGAAACCAUUCCAGAGAAGCCAUUUGAGAAUGCCACCCAGCUGAGAUGGAUAAAUCUAAACAAAAACAAAAUAACCAACUAUGGAAUUGAAAAAGGAGCCCUGAGCCAACUGAAGAAACUCCUCUUCUUAUUUCUGGAAGACAAUGAGUUAGAAGAAGUACCUUCUCCACUGCCAAGAAGUUUAGAACAAUUACAGUUGGCUAGAAAUAAGGUAUCUAGGAUUCCUCAAGGAACCUUCAGCAAUCUAGAGAACUUGACUCUUCUUGAUCUGCAGCAUAAUAAACUGUUAGACAAUGCCUUUCAAAGAGACACCUUUAAGGGCCUUAAGAAUCUUAUGCAGCUCAACAUGGCCAAGAAUGCCCUGAGAAAUAUGCCACCAAGAUUGCCAGCCAACACAAUGCAAUUAUUUUUAGACAACAAUUCCAUUGAAGGAAUACCAGAAAAUUAUUUUAAUGUGAUCCCUAAAGUGGCCUUCCUGAGACUAAACCACAACAAAUUAUCAGAUGCAGGCCUCCCAUCAAGUGGCUUUGAUGUGUCGUCCAUUCUGGACCUUCAGCUCUCUCACAAUCGACUCACAAAGGUUCCCCGGAUCAGUGCUCACCUGCAGCACCUUCACCUUGACCACAACAAAAUUAGAAGCGUGAACGUCUCGUUAAUAUGUCCUACCACUAGCACACCGCAUCCUGAACGAGAUUCCUUCAUUCAUGGACCUCAGCUUAGCUACCUCCGCCUGGAUGGAAAUGAGAUCAAACCUCCAAUCCCAAUGGAUUUAAUGAACUGCUUCAGGCUCCUUCAGGCUGUUAUUAUAUAA